AAGGAAGAUUAAGAGAGGAGAAGCGAUCUGUACACACAGGUCCCGCUACAGACGCAGGCGGAGGACGAUCCCAUCCAGGAAGGUGUCCUGUGAUCCCACAAGAUGCCAAGCAAAGAGGCCCAGUACAUCUAUGGGUACCCGAAGAGAGGGCGUGGCCACUCCUACCUCACAGCUGAAGGGUUUGCAGGGAUUGGCAUCCUGACAGUGAUCCUGGGAAUUUUGCUGCUCCUCGGCUGCUGGUAUUGUAGAAGACGAAGUGGAUACAGGAGCCUGAAGGACAAAAGCUUUUAUGCUGGUACUCAAAGCACCUUAACAGGAAGAUGUCUGUCCAAGGGACCUGGUCCACAGGACAGCAAACUACCUUUUCAGGAGAACAACUAUGAACUUGCGGUUCCCAAUGCUCCACCUGCCUAUGAGAAACUCUCCACGCAACAGGCACCACCACCUUACUCUCCGUGAGAGCCAGUGAGGCCCCUGAGAGCUGCUGAGAUGAUUUCCCUCACGCUUUGGAUUACAUUUAACAUGGGCAUUUAAUAUUUUGCUUCAGAAUGCUAUAGAAAUGGUGUAUACCAUCUCUAAUAAUAAGCUUAGUGUUAAAUUUAGUAGGGCAACAGCAAUACUAACUGAGGAAAUGAUGAAAAAUAUCAAAAUGGAAAAACUUUGUCAAUAAAUGUUGUAAUGCAUGAUAUGGUCUGCACCAGUAGUAAUGCUAAUA